UCUGUCACUCUCUACAUCUCCUUCAGUUGCACAAACAACAUUCGCUGAACAGUUUCUCCUAUUUGCCAAUCAACCUUCACACGAGACAAGAUACAUUCACAACACAAAAAUGUUCGCAAGACUAUCACUCAUCGUCUCGGCUCUUGCCCUUUACAUGAACCUCGCUGCCGCUCUUCCUCACUUUGGCUGGCACCCUCAACCUACCGGAGGCUUCCCCCACCCUACUGGAGGCUUCCCUGCUCCAACAGGCGAAUUCCCUCAUCCUACCGGCAGCUUUCCCUUCCCUACAGGCUUCCCAACCGGCUUCCCCACAGGCUGGGUUCCUGGCGAGGGUCCCUCCCCCACUGGCCUCGCUGCUAAGCCCAUGGAGAAGAGAUUCGAAGGUCCUCGUCAAGGUGCCGAACAAGGUCACACUGGCUUCUGGUGGGGAAACUGGGGUGGUAACUGGGGUCCUCGUCCUACUGCUUCUGCCUCUGCUCCUAUCGUGCCUACCGGUAACGCCGCUUUCCCUACUGGUGGCUUCCCUCAUCCCACUGGCACCGGUGCUUGGGGUUACCCCACUGCCCCCGUCCAUUCACUUCUUGUACUCCUUUUCCUUGUUCCAUUUUCUUUCUUUAACUGUUCUUGGGUGGAUGAUUGGAGUUCUUCAGAGGAUAUAUAAAUGAUCAGGUUGCGACAAGGCAAAACGAAGUGCUUACUUCAAGAUAGACGGCUUUCGGAUCAGACCAAAAAGAAAUCUGAAAAGAAUCA